UGUGCGCGAUCCCGUUAGCUCGUUAUUUUUCGGCGCAUUCUUGAACACUGCACGACCACUCCGUCUUUCGUGCGCUCCACGAAAUAGAGCAGCCGAUAACCGUGGUUUCCUCGCACGCAGUCUUUUGUGCGGGCCUCCCAUGAUCGACAUCGCAGAGCAGACAUCUUGGUGCCAGCGUCCGGACUGCGCCAAGAAGUGCGUGAGCAGCAUGUGCAACGUCGCUGACAGAUAAAGGUGGCCAUUGUCAGGAAGGGUGAAAACAACUCACGCUCGAAAGCUGGCGCGUUCGAGCCGUCGCUAGUGCAAAUCCAGCGAAAAGAUAGCGAUCACCCAGCAUCCGCGCAGAACAACAACAAAGCUGAUCAGGACAGUUAACGCCUUGCACCUUCACAGAGAGUCCGGAUAGACCAGGGAAAAGACUGAGGCUGUCUUCGUGCUUGACUCAAACUUGGUAUAGUAGUGUCUUUUUUUUUUGUUAGUUUGCUUGUUCCACUUGAAACUUGCAAGUAUACAUGCAUACUCAAGCCCACCCAUCGAUAGUAUUCGGAUGAAGCUUCACUUCGGAUUAAUAGUAUUGAACUUCACUGGGCAAGCUGUGAGGUCAACAGUCUUCGAGACCCCGGCAGGUCUGCAAGUCGCCUGUGCGCGAGUGAUACACAGCUCGACCGUGAAAGAAAACGUGCUUCAGAAAACAAGAACUCCAUGUGAAGUCAAGAUGCUGCCAUAAAUUGACGGACGAGGAUGUGCGCAUUUGUAUAGUUCGAGCCCUGUCGUCCCCUCCGACGACUCUGCAUGUUACAAGCCGUUAAACCAAAUUUGAAGUUCAGUUCAUCUAAACAGGUGUGGUCGAGACAAUCCGAACCAGUCGAGCGUUUUUAAAUUAUUACUGAAUAGUUUCUCGUUGAAGCUGCUCGCCUCCACCAAAACCACCAGUGUUCAUAUACGUGUCAGUCUUGAGAUACUACUGCACUACUCGUAUUCAUGUAUACCUGUAGCUUCACCAGCAGCACAUUAACAGGAGCUAUAUCGACGGUGAAAAUCUCUCGAGGAGCGGAUACCAAACCAACGACGUUGCUGCUCCUGCCAAGUACAACCGGGACAACAACCUAGCAAGAGCAACCCUCACGCGCUUGUAAGUCGUCGGAGUAAGUUCAAAAGGACAAGCACGUGUUCAACAGGCACUGAGAAGCCACCGUCGCCAUGGCAACAACCACUACCGACGGUACCCUCCAAGCACCUUCCGCAGCGGAGACAACAACGGUCACCUUCUUGCCAGCCGACGAACCGGACAUGACGUCAACGACCCGCACGGAGUUCUGGAUGGCUAGCACCGGCAUCCUUAUGUCUUCUGUGGGCUUCUUCUGCGUCUGUCUCGGCCUCUCGUAUCGGUUCCUGGUUGUGACCCUGGUGGGAUACGUCAUGGCGCCCGUGGGCGUCGUCGUCUUCGUCGCGUUCCUCUUCCUCUACCAGACGAGUCGCAGGCUCAAGUGCCAGGCGGCAGCGGAGGUCAGCGCGUCGUGGAAGUACGACAGAGUCAACAGCGACCAACUCGAUCCUCGAGACAUGCCGUUGGUCGCGGUGCGCACGACGAACGGCUUCAAGACGGUCGUCGCGACAGAGCCCGUAGUGCCGUGUGCACCGGACGUAGUCGCCGGAAGUGUGAACCGCCUUCGGGACAGUCAUGUGUGAGGCUUGUUGUAGCCUGUCAAACUAUUUCCGCGUCUUUCGCGAUUGAAAAAUUCAUGUAUACGCUUUGUCCCAAUUGUGUAGGCCAGUGUGCGCGCGACCGGAACUUUUUCGAUAACUAGACAAACAAGGGCUCAUGUGGGACUCCCGUUGCGUGUACAGGUAUCUUGGGGAUCGUAUCUAACCCGACAGACUUACCGUGAAUGCAUGGGAUGGUUACGGCACUCUGCCGCCGAUGAGGCUGAGAAGUGGCAGAGUCAAUUCCUGGACACGGGGACCAAAUUCCAGUGGUCGUCAAGUCUAAAAAUAUUCGGGUACCGUGCUAGGGGUACACUUUUAAGAACGUCAAGCAAUCUAAGUCAAUCCGGUGUUCUUCAUUACCGCGCCUUUCAUUGGUGACUCGCAUUGAUUUAGGAGGUGAAUGCCCAUCAGUGAAUCACUGAGUAAAUGAACCAUUCAAGCCCUAUCGGACUUUCAAAUGCUGGGAGUACCACACGAGCAGAGCUUCGACUAUGCUUCAGUCAUUAUCGUCUCAGUUCUUUAACAGGGCCCUGAACCACCCCUCGGGCUUGGUAAAAUAACACAGUCCACGGCUAGCAUACGCUGUUGUGAACAUCUCAGCCAAGCUCGGCUGUCGUACGCGGUUCGUGGAGCUCGCAAGCGGAACGCGAAGUCACCUUUCUCUCAAACGCUCUCUUUUCAAAAGACCGCACGAUCCUCGCUCUUUUCUGUGUGCUUUAUUUCGUAAUAAAGCACACUCCAAUCAAUACACGGUUGCUAUUGGCCGCUGCAGUCAGCUACACCGCGGCCGCCGCGAGGUGCCGCCACGAGUCCAGUGGCUAAGCGCAGUGUGGCUCGCUGAGGACAACCGCGUUUGGCUUACGUUUAGCGUUUAGUAGGCACCAAAAUAAGAAGUCCAUAGUUAAACUUGAACUGCGCGCCACGGUGACGUUUCGGACUGCGCGCCAAGGUGACGUUUCGAUAAAAAGUGGUUCAGGGUCCAUUUAAGGUUACAGAAUGUUGUGAAGUAUACUAGCUGCGCUGUCAGAGAGCUCCCUGUGGCAUCACUAAUUUGUGCCUGGAGACAUUGCGCUUGGAAGUUGUGACAUCGUAGAGCGCAGAGAUAUGCUCCAAACGAGCCCCACCAUGCAGCUCAGAGGUAACUCCGGUCGCGCGAGCAUUGCGCUGUAUACACCGUUGCCAGAGGUUGCAGCAUCAACGUUGCUGAGUGAGAUUUUGUUGGUGCUAGAGGUAAUACUCAUUUCAAUACAGCAGAACAAAAGAAAAUGCGUGCCUUCAGUGAAGCGUCAAUAUGCUUUCGUGUAUACCUGUGAAAUUUGCUUGAGAUGUAUAAAUGCUGACUUCGGCGCAAGAAAAGCUGGUCCUUGCUGCAUGUUUCAUAACCAGUGCAAGGCGUGCUGCUUUAGAGGUCAUCGCUUGUGAUACCGGAGCACGUUCUCAGCGUAGCUUGAGAAAAAAGCCCCUGAAGUGGUUUGAGAAAAACCUUUGCCUAUACUUAAAAAACAAACAAGAGGUUGUUGCGUACAGUUUACACGGGGUAGCUUUGACUUAACUGGUUAAGCGUACUCCCCGUAGUUGGCUUCGUGCUCGAAAACCUUCCGUUAUCAGAUGCGGUCGUUACACAGACAAUACGCCUCUCCUCUGUCUUUCAUGAAGUUUAACCUUCUGUUACUUUGGUCUCUAAGGCUAAAAAAGAAAGCAAAAUAUUAAAAUCGAAUGUCUGCCUCCCCACCUGCG